AUGGAUUCAAACUUCCAGCAGAUGGGUGGCCCUGGCCAAAUGAUGCCGCAACAGCAGAUGCAGCAACAGCAACAGCAACAGCAACAGCAACAGCGGGGCAUGAAUAACAACUACUCCAGCGCCCAGGUCCAGGCGAUGAUAUUCAACAGCCUCCAACAACAGACUGGUGCGCUUACCGGCUGGCGGAGUCAGGUCCCUCCUAACGAGCGCAUGGGUCUCAUCCUCAAUAUUAUACAGCGCAUGAUCGACCUCGGAAUACGCUUCGAAAAGGACAUCUUCGACAAGUCUCCGAACAAGGUUCGUACGGGAGGCUGGCUACCUGAAGUUUACAAGAAUGAAGUGGCACAGAAAUUAGAGCACAUACUAGAACGUCGGGUGCAAAAUCAGGGUCACAUGCAGCAGCAAAUUCAAGUUCAGGCUCAAGCCCAAGCACAACAGCAGAUGAUGAUGAGCCAGAACAUGCAAGGUCAGGCACCUAGAGUCAUGCCGCAGCAGCCGGCCCAGCAAUCCUUCUCGCACCUCCAACGUCAGAUGCAAGCCUCUCCUCUUCCUGGUCAAAUCCCCCAGCAGGCUCCGAUGGGAUUACCAAAUCAAGGCCCUCCUCAAAACAUUACACCGAACCAACAGCAACAGUUCAAUCCCGCCCAACAACAGCAGCAGCAGCAGCAGCAGCAAAAUGUUGCAGGCAGACCCGCGAAUGGCCCACCGAACAUGUCCCCGCAAGAUGCGGCACUAGUUGGUGAGUUGGCCAACAGGAUGUUGAAUGCCGCCCCGGAGGAGGAGAAGAACUCAAUCAGGGCGUCAAUGCAGCAAAGAUUGGACCCGGCUGUCAUGAAUAAAUAUCAGUCGCAAGGCCUGGACCCAAUCUUCAUCUAUUAUCGGAACCAGGCAUGGAACAGGAUCCGUCAGGAGAGAAAUCAACGAAUGCAGAAUCAGCAGCAGCAGCAGCAGCAGCAGCAGCAGCAGCAGCAGCAGCAGCAGCAGCAGCAGCAGCAGCAGCAGCAGCAGCAGCAGCAGCAGCACACUCAGCAGCAGCAGCAGCAGCAGCAGCAGCAGCAGCAGCAGCAGCAGCAGCAGCAGCAGCAGCAGCAGCAGCAGCAGCAGCAGCAGCAACAACUUGCUCUUUCGCAACAACCUCAGAACGGACCCGCAGCGCCACCCAUGCAGCCGCAAAGAUCGAUGAAUCCGAGUCCGAUGCCUGGACAACCCCAACAACCUCCGGGUGCAAACGCUGAUUAUGGGGCCUUCAUGGGCAACAUGGAGAAUAUUGUGGCACAGCAACAGCAACAGGGAGUCAUGGCCCAAGAGGCAGGGCAGAUGGUGGUCCCCGCGAGCGCCCCUCCUCGAAACAGCACUCCACAGCCAGGCGCCGGACCAGGAAUGGACCUGGUCCCUAACGCUCGCGUAGCCCAACAGCAGCAAAUGUUCACUGCUCAGCAAAUGCAACAGAGGUUGCAGCAACAGCAGCAGCAGCAGCAGCAGCAACAGCAGCAACAACAGCAGCAGCAACAACAACAGCAGCAGCAGCAACAGCAGCAACAAUCACAAGCACGUUUGAACGCACAACAGAAGGCUCAGCAGUCCCUCGGACUUCGCGGGCAACCAGGAGGGAUGGGGCCUAAUCCCCAACAGAGUCCGGCCAUGACGACGCUCAACGCACCGUUGCGCACACCUUCGCAGCAAAUGAACCAUCCCGAGCCUCCGCAAGGGAACCCGAACGCCCAGUUCGGGCAGCCCGUAGACCCGCGCUUCAUGCAAGGAAACCAAAGGCCCGGUCCAGGGAACGGGAUGAGUUUGGCGGGUCUCAAUCCGGCAAUGCUCCAAACUUUGGACCCAGACAUGCAACAAAGGUUGGCUAACCUCGCGCCCGAUAAACUCAACGACGUUGUAAACAAGUGGCAUGAAGUCCGCGCCGGGCAGCUGAACGGGGGUGCGAACAUGCCUGCUGGAAGACAGCAGAUUCCAAUGCCCGUAGCAAACCAAGCUCGGCCAGGUCAGCAAAUGCCACCGGGAGGCCAAUUCAGCGCUCCCAAUGGUGCCAAUCAGUUCAUGAUGGCGAACUCGGCACAGCGACCUCCUCCGUCCAUGGCUGCUGGCAUGAACCCCCAGCAACAGAUGAUCCUGCAACAACAGAUGAACAGUCUACGGCAAAACCAGAUGCAGCCUCAGCGCAUGCCACCUAGUGCAGCGCAGAUCGAGCAGAAGACGAUAGCACAGAUGGACAACGUGGACAUACCGAUCAUCUUCCAGAGCCACGCAAAUAUGCCUCAGGGUAGCCCCCCGGAGAUCAAGAAAUGGGGUCAGCUGAAGCAAUGGAUUUCCCAAAAUCCGAAUCUCCCGCCGAAUAGUCUCGAUUCGGUGAAGACGUUACAGAGGAUGCAUUAUGCGCAGGCAAUGCGAAGUAGAGCACAGCAGCAAGGACAAGGAGGUGGCAUGCCUCCGGGUCCCCCUCAAGGUCCGCAACGUGGGAUCUCCACGGCCCCGAUGGCCGCUCCAGUUGCACCCAUGGGUCAGAAUCCAAUGCAGAUGCCCAACGGCGUAAACUUGGCGGGUCUCGGGCAGCUGCGACAGCCUACCGCUCUUGAGAUCGAGAACAUGCGAGCCCAUCCCAGUGGAAAGCUUGUCAACGCAAGCGAGGAGAUCAUCCGUAACAUCUUUUUGCGGAACCAGGCUCAAAACCUUCAGGCGCAGGCGCAGGCGCAGGCGCAGGCUCAGCAGGGUCAGCAGGGUCAAGCACAGUUGACACCGCAACAGCAGCACCAGCGCCAGCAAUUGAUGGCGAUGCAAAUGAGUAAGAUGCAACAGGCUAGCGGACAACAAUCCCUUCCAAACGGACAACCAAUCCCUAAUCCCAAUCAAAUGGCAAUGGUGCAACCAAAAACCGCGCCGCUCCAGCAGCCUCCGCAGCCUCCGCAGCCUCAGCAGCCUCCGCAGCCUCCGCAGCCUCCGCAGCCUCCGCAGCCUCCGCAGCCUCCGCAGCCUCCGCAGCCUCAGCAGCCUACGCAGCCUCCGCAGCCUCCGAUUGCUCCUAUGUCUGGCUCUCAGCCCGAGCCUGGCACCGCUGCAACAAAUGCAGCCAGUAACCGGCCUCAAAAUAAUGCGCGGAAUGUUGCCCAGAACUCGUCACCUGCACCGCUUCCUAAGAACUUGAAACGUGCUAGUAGCGACGAUGUUGUCGAGGUUCCGAAUCCGAAUAUCCAGCAGACACGCCCAGCUGCGCAAGAUGCCGUGCAGACCUUGCAGGGUCGCCCGAGGCCGACCGCUCAGCAAACCGCUUCGAUGGACCCCGAAACUCGUAAGAGAUAUGAGAACGCAAUGCGUGCAGCCCAUACGACUCAAGCGCAAGCAAACCAGGGCGUUAAGGCGCAAUCCGACGCCCGAUGGAAGAUAAUCGAGACCGAGGAGAGCCAAAAGCAGCGGGACCCUCCAGCGGAUGUUCAGAUGGAUGAAGAGACAAAACAGAAAACAUCGGCUCUACUACUCUCUCUUCGCUCUCACAUGGUCAACGUCAACAAAGCUCUUCCCCGGAUUUUCGGGCUCACUCGCGAUGAAGCGCAGAUGAGAAGAUUUUUUGAGGCACGCUACCGGUACCAACGCCAAUUCCGGGACGAUAAUAUAACGACUGGACAGCCUACUUUGAAAGACGUCCUUUCUAUAAGCCAGGCAGAGGCAAUGCAAACGCAAUCCAUGAUAGGAAGCAUGAUUAUGCUUCUGAAAGAGAGGUUCCCCGGCAUGGCGAAGGCGAACGGUAAUGGAAAGACCCAGCAGCCACCAUCUCAGCCCGAGCAACAAGUCCCGCCCCCUUUGAGUUCGGCCAACUUGCAGCAGCAGCAACAGCAGCUCAAAAACCAAAUGCAUCAGAAAAACAACAAUCGGAACUCGAACCCCCCGGCCGCUCCUACCUCCUCACAGCCUCCAUUUCAAUUUGGCGCUACCUCGCCUCAUGGGACACCUGCUUACGCCGGUAAAAAUCCCCUCAAGCAAGAAGACCUGCACAUUCCUGCCCGCAAGAAGCAAAAAACGAACAGCACUCCUGUACCUGGCCAAGGUACUCCUGGCCCCAACUCGUCACCUCAAGUAGCCAAGGCGGGCUCGCCCGAUAUGAGGAGGCAGCAGCAGCAGCAGCAGCAGCAGCAACAGCAACAGCAAGCGGAGUACAGACAGCCAAGCAAGCCUUCUCUCUGUUGCCCCGAGCCGGAUUGCGAUAGACACAAUGUCGGCUUCGAGACACAAGAGGCCUUGAUGGCACAUAAUCAGGAGGAACACGUCAGACCCUUGAACGAUCCUCUGAAGUAUGCUCAAGAGAAUCUGGCAGCUGCCCUGGGACUUGACAGUCAAGGGAAAGCGAAGAAACAAGACAGCAAUGCUGCUGCCGCCGGAACUGGAUCCACGCCGGGAGGGGAGAGCAUGGUUGCGAAUGGCUCCAAACAAGGACAGCCCCAGAUUAUCAAGCGUGGAAACACACCAGCGGGGGCGACUCCAAUGAACCGCCAAGUGUCCAUGAACCGGCAAGCGAGCGCCCCUGGCGUCAAGUCUAACAUGCAACCCAAGUCUGUUCCUGCAAAGGACGCCAAAGGUCAACCUAUCCAGAGGGGUACGAACAUACCAAAAGAAGAACAAGCUUCCCAGGAAGCUGCCACUGUAGAUCCAUGGGCCAAUGCUACGAUUGAUCCCAACGAGCUGUUCCAGCACUUUCAAACCUUUGAGACCGGAGCAGGGGGUGCCAUUUCCGACAUGAACGUGUACCGCUCCAUCACUCCCAACGACACGCCCGAGUCGAGCAAGGACGGUGUCUCAGAGCCCAGUGAUGUCUCAGAUGGUAUGAACCUGGAUAUCAGUCUCGACAUGUUCGAUACCAACUGGCAGCCCUUCGGAAUCAGCGACGCAGACUACCUCUUCGACUCGAGCGGCUUCAAAGUCAAGGUCGAAGAGGACUCGUUCAUGUUUGACAGCGACGCUCCUGCGGUGGUAUACCAAUCUUGGGACGACAUGGUUGAACCGGGGUUGCUCGACAAACCGUUCCAAUUUGACACGUCGCUAUUCUCCAUGAACGCUGAAUAG